CCAAUGCAAACACCAGUUUUCUACCCUAAACACAAGAACCCAGAUGCAUAAUAAAAGGUGAAAGCUAGCAGAAGAGGUACCUAACUCUACCCUACUAUAGAGAAAAAGUCAGCACAUUGCAAGCAAUAAUAAUGGAGACGACGACGAAGCUCCGGUGGAGCCGGCCCGGCUCCUUCCUCCUCGUCGCCGCGGCGUUCCUGGCGUCCGCCGCCGCGUCGGGCGUCAACGUCGGCCAGUUCGACGACCACUUGCAGAAGCGGAAGGAGCUCGCCGAGGCGUCGGCGAGGGAGGCGUACAGGCCCGACCCGUACAACGUCACCAACAGCUUCAACGCCGCCGUCCACAGAGCUGUCAGCAGCAGUCGGCGUGAGAUGCGGGAGAGGCCGAGGAAGCACAAGAAGAGGGGCCCGUGCCGGGCGACGAACCCUAUCGACAAGUGCUGGCGCUGCCGCAGAGACUGGGCGACGGACCGGCAGCGCCUGGCCCGUUGCGCCAGAGGCUUCGGGCACGCGACCACCGGCGGCCUCGGCGGCAAGAUCUACGUGGUGACCGACCCCACCGACCUCGACGUGGUGAACCCGCGCCCCGGCACGCUGCGCUGGGGCGUCAUCCAGCCCGGCCCGCUGUGGAUCAUCUUCGCGCGGUCCAUGAUCAUCCAGCUCUCGCAGGAGCUGCUCAUGAGCAGCGACAAGACCAUCGACGGGCGCGGCGCGCAGGUGCACAUCGCCAACGGCGCCGGGAUCACGGUGCAGCUGGCGCAAAACGUCAUCAUCCACAACCUGCACGUGCACGACGUCAAGCACACCAUGGGCGGCCUCAUGCGCGACUCCCCCACGCACAUCGGCUCCCGCACCAGGGCCGACGGCGACGGCAUCUCCCUCUUCUCCGCCACCAACGUCUGGAUCGACCACAUCUCCAUGUCCAACUGCGAGGACGGCCUCAUCGACGUCGUGCAGAGCUCCACGGGGAUCACCAUCUCCAACUGCCACUUCACCAACCACAACGACGUCAUGCUCUUCGGCGCCAGCGACUCCUGGCCGCAGGACCAGAUCAUGCAGAUCACCGUCGCCUUCAACCACUUCGGCAGGGGCCUGGUGCAGCGGAUGCCAAGGUGCCGCUGGGGCUUCUUCCACGUUGUCAACAACGACUACACGCACUGGCUCAUGUACGCCAUUGGCGGCGGCGACGCGCCAACCAUCAUCAGCCAGGGCAACCGCUACAUAGCACCACCAAACAUCGCCGCCAAAGUGAUCACCAAGCACUACGCGGAAGAAGGCGUGUGGAAGAACUGGGUGUGGCACACGGAGGACGACCUGUUCAUGAACGGCGCCAUCUUCAAUCCGUCCGGCGGCGCCCCCAAGCAGGUCGACACCAACGAGUGGGUCAAGCCCAAGCCAGGAACCUACGUUACAAGGCUCACCCGCUUCUCCGGCACACUGUCCUGCUGCACGGGCAAGCCGUGCUGAAGGCCGGCCGGUGGGCGUCAGAGGCUGCUUCUUCUAGCUCAUGGCCUGGCCAUGCCAGGUCGCGAUGGCUGCGUUUCAUUUCAUGGAAGAAAGCAAGGAUGGAUCACAGGUUGUCGUUCUGCUAAUUAAUCUACGUUUGCCUUCAAGUACUGUGUUGUGGCAUUGUUACACAUCACAGUACAGUUUGGUCAUUUUUUUUCCCACAGAGGAAGUAGGGAUUGAUUUAAUCCCACACGCGUGUAUCUACGUAUACAGUUUGUAUAACAUGAACCACCUCUGUUUGCGAUUGGUCUAAAAAUAAAUAUAAUACUUAUAUAUUGAAUUGUUUUGC